GGGUAACCAGGUGCCUCCAGCACUUGGGAGAAUAUACAUUUUACAAAAAACAAACAACUUAUCGAGUAAACUUAACCAAAACACAGUCAUUAAAUAAAUAUUUUUCAAAUCUCUUGGCUACAAAUAAUGUCUCUUGUCUAUAUAACCUACCACGAUGAAAAUAUUUCGGAUGUGGACAAUGACAAUGAUUAUCUCAAAUCGCGACGCCCACGCCUAAAGUACAAUUCCAAAUUCAAGGAAAUGGUACGAGAAGAAAAAAAUUCCAGACAUGUCAUUGAAAUGCCGAAUCGUAAAAAGCUCCUUACAAGCUCAGCCAAAAAUAGCCAUCAAACUAUGGGCUAUGCCGUUACCCCGGUGGAGUUGCCGUGCAACUUCCUAAAAAAGAAUCAAGGGGUAAAAUGGCAACGUUUAAAUGAACAUCAAUGCCCACCACAUAGGCAUAUACCACCAGUGCCACAAUUCCAACGUCAUCAGAUGGGACCACACCAUCAUAUCAUUGAGGAGAUAAAGAAAGAUCAAAAGGAGGAGCUGUUUUGUCCCCGCACACGUUUCCUCCCGGGGCAUAAGCAUAGGGCAAAUUUCGUGGCACUCAAUGUGGAGUUGAUAAAAAAGGCCGAAACGCGCAGGCCUCCUCCACGUUACAUAGAUACAGCUAAAGGUGAUCGCCAUAGCUUAUUGAAUAGUGGUUUGAUACCUCAAUACAUUUGCUCCAAGAAAUUUGGCAAAGUUCCUUGCUAUCUGGAUGCUCGUAAGAAAAUAUUGAACCAAUUGACUAAUCGUUGUCUGCAACAAACUAAAAUGGAAGCGGAAAAUGCUUGUGCCCGAUAUAUGCCGACAGUGAAGAAGUUAUCAUCAGAAGAGCGAAAGGAAAUAUUAGAGGGCCUCAGAACCAACUUUACCAAUCUCUUCAAAAUCUAUCAAAGCCUUUCGGUAUGCACGGAUACCGUGACCAAACAACUGAAGAAAGGAAAAAUGGAAAACGAAUUACGUCAAUUGGAGCAGGACAUCCAUCUCAUGGAGCACAACCCUGAGAUAUAUGUUUCAGCCUACUGAGAUUUCCAGCGUUUACUUUAUUAAAAUAAAAAAAAAAUCAAAUUUACUUCUAUUUUGUAUAACUAUUUACACUAAACAAUUGCAUACAUACGAUACUCACUUACAACUACAGAUUAUCCUCCUUUAAUAAAAAUCUACAAAAAGUA